CAAACCCCCCAAUGCAUCCAAGAAGAGUAUAAAGAUCAGCAGAGGUUCUUGUCUUGUUCAGUUGGGAGGGUCGCAGCAACGGACCGGAGGCUUUCAUACUUGGUAGAUACCUUGAGCCUUGAGCGUAGAAUGUGACUUAAUUUUCAUAUAUUGUAUGCUGAUUGUUGUGUGAAUACUGAUAUCUAAAUCCUCAUAUGAUUUCACAGGUGACUGCGCAUCAAAGAAAUGGAGAACUCCACUGAGGUUGUGUCUUUUGUGCUUUCUGCCUAUGGUAACAUUGGAAACUUAAAAUACUUGUAUUUCAGCAUAAUACUAUUUUGGUACAUCACCAUAUGUACAUCAAACACAAUUCUUAUUGUGGUCAUAUAUAAGGACAGAAGAUUACACGAGCCGAUGUAUUUAUUAGUAUGUCAUUUGUUUAUGAAUGAAAUAAGUGCAAGCACAUCAUUAUAUCCUCUUCUACUCUCACAGAUGUUUUCAGAUACACAUGAAGUGACGUUGCCAUGGUGUUUUCUGCAGAUGUUUAGUUUCUACAUAUUUAGUUGUGUUGAGUUAUGCAGUUUAACAGCUAUGGCCUAUGACAGAUAUGUCUGUAUCUGUUAUCCUUUACACUACAAUGUUGUUAUGAGCAAUGGGAGAGUAGUUAAGAUCAUUCUGCUUGUUUGGAUUUAUUCAUUUACUAACUAUAUGUUCUCAUUUUCAUUCGUCAUCCCUUUGACAUUUUGUGGAAAUGUCAUUAACAAAGUGUUUUGUGACCAACAGUUAGUAAUUAAACUUGCAUGUUCAGUCUCAGCACUUACCAGCAUAUCUGAUGUACUUUAUGGUUUCAUCAGUCUGGUUCUCCCAUUGAGUCUCAUUUCAGUGUCUUAUAUAAAGAUUCUGUGGGUUUGUCUAAUUGUGUCAAAAGAAAGCAAAAAAAAAGUCAUAACAACCUGCACACCUCAGAUUGUCUCAUUGGCAAACAUUUUUAUCGGUGCCACUUUUCAUUUUAUUGAUUCCAGGUUGGAUGUUGGUUAUUUACCAGAUGAAGUGCACGUUAUUUUAUCCAUAUAUCUCCUUAUUUUUCAACCAAUGAUCACUCCUUUUAUGUACGGACUUUACCUUCCAAAAAUAAGACAAUCGUGUAAAAGACUUCUGUUUGAUAGAAAAUAA